AUGUCUCCAAAUUGGUAACCUGGAUAAAGCGCCAGGCCUCAUUAUCAGCAUGAGAUUGUCUGUAAAAUAGGAAACUAAAGCGAAAACAUUCUGUUAGUUUGAGGGAAUUUCUCCAGCGCACUGUGGAUAAAAAUAGACUAAGCUCGGGUGAAUCCGUUCAAUCUGGCAACCCAGAUCAGGCUGCAGCACUGAGAGCGCAGAGAGACGAAGCUGCUGCUGCUUCUGUAAAGACAGAUAAGAAGGAGACCAAACAAAGCCUAAAACAGACUGCUAUGUUGAAAUAAAUUAGAUAUGACUGAUGUGGAGGCAACGUAUGAAGACUUCAUAGCCUCCGGAAGGACGGGUAGAAGGAAUGCGGUGCAUGAUAUUCUGGGGGAAUCGGGAGGGCUGGACGUUAGUGGACUCUCGCAGACGCUUUCUGAGCUCAACGUCAACAAAACAGACGAAGGGAACGAUGGAGAGAAAAGCUCGAGCUCUUCAGACUCCGAUCCCAAACCUGAGAAGAGCAAGGCGGAGGGGACGUAACACCCGUCUUCAUCAGUACCAUCCUGUGGCUAUUUGAGGACCUGGACAUGGACUGGCGGACACGGCGACGCCCUCUACUGGUCUACUCGGCCAAGGCUCUGCCUUCACUGUGUUCAGACAAAAAGGCUGGAAUUGUAGCUUCAGUACCAUAACUGAUGUACUGUAGGCUCUCCCUCAGCUAAUCACUGUUGAUUGUUAGCUGUUGAAAUGGAGCUAAACCUAUCAGCUCCUCCACCGCAGAGCUGCUCAAGACGUAGCUGGAGAUUUGUAGGAGCUUCUCAGACCUUCUCACCAUUUGACUUUCCGUCACGGAGUCAUGGAAAGAUACUUUCUUUUUGAUCUACUGCCACGUUAGCCAUGCUAAUAUAUUUCAGUGUUCUUAAUUUGUACAAAUUAAAGUAGUAGUGUUGUUGUAAUGGAUUAUGUUUUUUAUAUUUAAAUAUUCGUUCUCUAUUUUAAUUAGGUUUCGGCUUUUCGCUUAACGUUUCAGCUGAUGUUCUUAUCGAAUACACGAAGAAACGAAGUUUUUCCGCGUAACGAAGACGCCGCGCCGUUGGCUGUUAAACGGACGAGUUAAAUGUCACUGAAAGUGGUUUAAAAACAUGAUGCAUGACAACUAAAUAUAUUUCAUCUAUUCAGAGAAAACACAUGUACAAAAUAUGCAGCUGUGUAAAAGUGAGCUAACGUUUGUGUUGUUUUUCAUUCUUGUUCAUUUUAUACAUAUUUGAUUUUUAAAAAAAACAGAAGCAAAAAAUAGAAAGAAUUAAAUAAAAAAAGAAUAAAAAGAAUUAAGCACAUUUUUUCUCAACACUGCCCUCUAUUUGUUUAUUUAUUUAUUAAUUUUUAGCUCAAUUUGAUCGAGUUUUAAUACGUAUAUCUUCCUCAUUUGUUCACUUUAUUGCUGUGUGACAUUUUUCGGUAAUACACAUUAUAGGAUGAUGUUUUCGUCACCAUUAAUGUAUUUUAUUAAUUUUAUUAAUGACUUUUUUCUUGUGUCACAG